AUGGCGCUCAAAAAGUUAUUCCUUGUCGUUGUCCUUGCACUGCUUCAACUAUGUCUUCCCCUUCUCUUGCUAGCUAUCACUUUCCUCCUUUCAUACAAACCCAACGAGACUCACUGGUUUCUCAUACUUGCAUGGUUUGGAACCUUGACAGCGAUUUUUGUUCUUGCUUGGUUCACGAGACGUUACGAUCGCUUCUCUGUCGUUUCAGUGGCAACGAAGGUUCCUGUGGAAUACAGGGAAGAGGAAAUCGUGGACCUUUCUUUCUUGGAACUGGAUUUGUCCAGGAGAAGUCCUCUACGUGAUCUGGGGAAGGAGUGGGCCCGCUACUAG